AUGGAAAGGAUGCAAAAUUUUAUGGCGCAGUUCCACGAUCGUUUUCCGCACAUAGGACUGCAAAAUCAAAAUUCAAUUUUUUUAUCGAAUAAGCCUGUGCUGGACCUUGUUUCUGGGUUACCUAACAAGAUCCCCCACGAUAACGCUGCUUCUUACGGAGACCUAUCGAACCAGAACAUCAUUGUGAUAGCGAACAAAGGCAAAAGUUCAUGGCGCAGUUCUACAACUGUUUUUUUCACCAAGGACUGCAAAAUCAAAAGUCGACGUCCCGGAACAAACCGCGACAGGCAGCGGGCUAUGGCGCUUUUCCGUUACACCAAGACUAGCGUCCACCAAUUCUCCAAUCAAGUCCUUGGGAAG